AUGCCGGAAUAUAAGCCUUAUCCAUGGCCCUGGGCCUAUCCGAGCAUCCUUCCGCCAGAACCCAGCAUUGAAGAGCAACAUGCAGCUAGUUUCCGGCUACCUGCAAAAUCAUGGCUUCAUGAAGAUUGGGAAGAAGAUGAGGAUAGUUCAAGCGACUAUUCACCCUCUCAAAACUCUGAAUACUCUGGCACCAGCGACGUUUCUUCAAAUUCUGACAGCGACGAAGAGAUGACUGAUGUUUCUGAGUACAAAGCCGAGUUGGACGCGAUCUUGCGGGCUAACAGGGUGCAUCUGACACCUGGUAACUCGUCCUGGGAGGAGAGGAGGGAGGAUUUGCCGCGAAAAAUUGCGCUUCUUGUCGAGGAGGAGCGCAAGGCGACUGUGGCUUACGAUGCGGACGAGAUUGCCGCAUUGGUCACCAAGUUUUACGAGCUUCUCGUGGAAAUGGGGCACUGGGAGGCGUCGGACGUUCUCUACCCCCCGCAUAUCGACCCGCCCUUGGAUCUGCAGCUGGCCCGGGAGCUGGGUCACAGCGAUUCAGUGCUUGAAAUCAUGCAGAAGCUGCCAUAUGUCCGCAAGAUGGUGGCUCGUCAAGAAAGAAAACUUAUAUUGGCGCGGAGUUAUUUGGCAGACUACACAGACGAGAGCGAUCUGCGUGAGUCUCGUCGCACUCAUAUAUACGCGGCAGACAAUUCGCCUCUGCUCGAUCCUUGGGUCUUGCCUUUGAUAUUUUCUGGUCGCGACGGCUCCAGCGUGAUGCUCGACACGAAGCUGGGUGUUGUCCGCGUGGUUGUCAACGACGGGUUCUACAUGGACGACGACAUUGUCGAGUAUCUGCGGCAUGGCCAUCUCGACCAGAGCAAUAUCGAAAAGGCGCAUGAAGAGAAGUAUCGUCGUGUGCCCACCGUCCCCGCCGCGCACUACUUCAAAGAGCUCAUUUUUGCAUAUCACUCUCUUUCGCGCCUGCCCAUCAUUGAGCCGGACAAAAGCGAUCCCCACUUCAUGCCGCAGCAAUACCAUCAGUCGCUAACCUGGUACUACGAGUCGGAACGCCGCCAGAAAACGGCGCUGUUGGCGCUCUACGGGCAACACGGUUGGCCAGACAGGUGGCACCGCGACGCGUUUCUGGAACAAUGGACGGAGGAAAAGCGCGCAAUUGACACUUGGGCGCGCGGAGAGAUGGAAGGGAGUGGAAACUAG